UGGGAAACACCCACUGCCGAGCUCUGGCUUCCCGGGAACAAGGUCUCAGGCCAGCCCUGCCAGGCAGGAGCCGGGACCCUCUGGCAGUACGAGGCCUUCCCGCCAGGGCCCCUGGGCGCCAGACAAAGAGAGGAGGAGCUGCAGCCGGCUGGCUCUCCAGAAGGCUUUGCAGCACAGUAUCCUAGCAACACCCGUCCUCGCCUCAGCAGCCUGCCUGCUGGGAACCUCCGGAGGGUGCACCUGGAUGCUGGGAGCAAAUGGGAGGUUGCCAAGUGGCAGGAUGGUAUGCUGGAGGAGGCUCCUGGAUGCAGCGCGGCCGGUGGGGUGUGCGGAGGGCGUGGGGCGUCUGAUGCCCCCGCCGGGAUCGCCAAGAGCCAUGACCUCAACUGUGCAGACGCUGCGCUUCAGGCUGCUGCCGCCCGAGCCCGGGCAGGAGUGGGUGCCCAACUGUGAGCAGGAGAUCGAGCGCCAGUACCAGGUGGUGCCCUCGGUCGUGUGCGCCAUGUGCUGCCUCUUUGGGAUCAUCUAUUGCUUCUUCGGCUACCGCUGCUUCAAGGCCGUCAUGUUCCUGACUGGGCUGAUGUUUGGCUCCAUCAUCAUCUUCAUGCUGUGCUACAAGGAGCGGGUGCUGGACACGCAGCUGAGCGUGGAGGCCUCGGUGGGCAUCGGGCUGGGCAUCGGCGUCCUGUGCGGGCUGGUCACCAUGCUGGUGCGCAGCGUCGGGCUCUUCAUGGUGGGGCUGCUGCUGGGGCUGCUGCUGGCGCUGGCCACGCUGGUGGCCAUGGAGCAGUUCUACCACCCGCCCACGGUGUGGAUCCCCAUCGGGCUGCUGCUGGGCGUGGGCAUGCUCGGCGCCGUGCUCACCCUGCAGUGGCAGAAGUUCUUCACCACCCUCUCCACGGCCGUCUUCGGCAGCGCCAUCAUGACCGUCACCGUCGACUACUUCAUCGAGCUGCUGCUGCUGGUGCAGUACGUCUACGAGCGCGUCAAGGUGGCGCCCGCGCGGCCCAUGUGCUGGUACAGCUGGGUCAUCCUGGGCGUCUGGCCUGUCCUCGCCACGCUGGGCGUGCUGGUGCAGUGGAAAGUCACGGCCGAGGGGUACUCCCACACCGAAGUGGUUAUCAGCCGGCAGCAGCGCCGGGUGCAGCUGAUGAGGAUCAAGCAGCGGGAGGAGCGGAAGGAGAAGAAGAAGCAGCGGAGGCCACCCCAUCCCCCUCCCCACCCACACAAAGCCCACCUGCCCGAGCCCAGCUACCGACGCAAGCCAACCCCCGUGCGCCGCUUUGACGGGGACGUGCUCUCCCCCAGCUACAUCCAGAGCUUCCGGGAGCGGCAGACGGGGACGUCGCUGAGCAGCCUCAUCACAAGCACGCACGCCGUGGUCGACCUGGACUAUGACUGCGGCUCUACGGUGCCCUUGACCAUGGGCUCUGGCCCAGCUCUUCGGGUAUAGCCCAGACCCCCCGACCUCUCGUGACACCAGCAGCAGGGCCCCGCCAGGGCCAGCACGGACCAGCCCUCCAGACACGCCAGGGCCCCGCCAGGGCCAGCAUGAACCAACACGCCAGGGCCCCACCAGGGCCAGCACGGACCAACACGCACACGCCAGGGCCAGCACGGACCAGCCCUCCAGACGCACCAGGGCCCUGCCAGGGCCAGCACAGACCAGCCCUCCAGACACGCCAGGGCGAGCAGGAGUCAGCGCCAGGGGUGUUGGAGGGGACGCUGUGGCCCGUUUGGGGCAGGGAGCCCAUCGACGGGGCAGGCGCAGGGCCGUGCCCAGUGAUCGCUGGCCGGCGAGCAAUGCAGGGAGAGGGUUAGUCCUGCUCGCUGGCACAGGCCCUGCAUGGCGGCAUGGGACACGUGGACUCGUGGAGCAGGGUGAGCGCCCCACCGCCACUUCCCGAGGGGGCACAGCCCGUGGCAGGGCCUGAUGAGCCAAAGGCGCCCCAGAGUGCCUGGUGUCCCCACCUUUCUCCCCGAGGCCCCCAGGGCAGCUCCCUCCAUGCCAGCCCUUAGCCCCCCACUGACCCCCAAGCAGCUCAGUGAGCAGCUUCCUGAGAGCCUGUUCCCCCCAUUCUCUGCCCCCCAGCGUAGCUCCAUGGUGCCUGUUCCCCCCCAUCUCUGCCCCCCCCAGCAUAGCUCCAUGGUGCCUGUUCCCCCUCUCUGCCCCCCAGUGUAGCUCCAUGGUGCCUGUUCCCCCUCUCUGCCCCCCAGUGUAGCUCCAUGGUGCCUGUUCCCCCCCCCCUCUGCCCCCCAGCGUAGCUCCGUGAGUGCCUGGACACACCCCAGCUCCCUGGGAGCUGUCCCCCAACGGCCCUGGGCCAGAGCAGCGCCGGGAGAGGCUGUUCCCUCAGAGAACGGGCCAGGGUAGGUGCUGUCCCAGCCACUCGCCUGCCAGGCACUGGGCUGGGGGCUGCGGGCACUGCCCGCCUGGAGGGGCAGUGUGAGCGCGGCUGCUCUGCUCCCCGGUGCACGUGAGGGAUAGUCUCGUCCCUGGGACUGGGCCACUCAUGCUGCAGGGCCAGCAGCUGCCAGGCCUGCCCGGGACUGAGGCAUUUCCAGCUGUGUCUGCCCGUCGGCCUCAUGGCAGCCGGCACCGCCCCUGCGACUUGCACCUCGCUGCCCAUUCUGCUGGCACAGAACAAGAGGCACCUGGCUGACACAAGGAGGGGAAUGGAUCAUGGGGCCUCCCCCGCUCGGGGCCCUGCCCUGCCCCUGGUCUG